AUGAAACAAAGAGGAUGCUCGACGUGGAGGCCAUUACGCGGCUGGGUUGCAGCUGUGCCUUUAUUGGUUCUUCUAACGAGUGGGGCUUAUGCGCAAAUCAGAUAUUCCAUCUCUGAGGAAGGUAAGGAAGGAACGGUGGUCGGAGAUGCAGCAAAAGAUUUGGGACUUGAUAAAAACACCUUAAAGGAUAGAAAUUUUCGUAUUGUGUCUGGCUCCACUGAACCUCUCUUCCUGGUAAACCAAAACGACGGUAUUCUGUACGUAAAACGAAAAGUAGAUCGUGAGGAAGUAUGUGGACGAAGCAGCACGUGUCUGAUCAACCUGAAAACUGUACUGGAAAAUCCCUUGGAGAUCCAUUAUGUUGCUGUUGAAGUGGUAGAUGUUAACGACCAUUCACCUGCCUUUUCGGAAAAAGAAACGAAUUUAGAGAUCUCAGAGUCAGCCGUAACAGGGGCUCGGUUUCAGCUUCAAGCUGCACGGGACGCAGACAGUGGGCAGUUUUCAGUUCAGCAGUACAAACUGAGUCACAGCGAACAUUUUCGUGUAGAGGUUAAAGAUAGGGGAGAUGAUCGUAAAAUUCCCUUUCUUGUUUUACAAAAACAGUUAGAUAGAGAGACAGCUGCGAAACACAAACUGUUACUGACAGCAGUGGAUGGAGGGAAGCCAGCAAAGUCGGGUACUAUAAAAGUCAAUGUGGAAGUGCUGGAUGUAAAUGACAACUCUCCCACGUUUACAAAAGACGUUUACUCAGUAACGUUAAGUGAAAACACACCAGUUGGUGCAACAGUUGCUCAGGUUAACGCAACUGACUCGGACGAGGGUUUAAAUGGAGAGGUCAUAUUUUUAUUUGGAAAGGAGGUUGAUAGUAAUAUAAUGGACCUAUUUGGGUUAAAUCAGGAAACUGGAGCGAUAACAGUUAAAGGCAAAAUUGAUUUUGAAGAUAACCAAGCCUAUGAGAUAGAUAUAAGAGCAUCCGAUAAAGGACCUGCUCCUCUCACAACUGAUAAAAGCGUAUUUAUAAAAGUGAUAGACGUUAAUGAUAAUGCCCCCGAGAUAGAGGUCACUUCAUAUUCUAACAGUAUUCCUGAGGAUUCCAGGAUUGGGACCACUGUGGCGCUUAUUAGUGUCAAUGAUUUGGACUCUGGCCCAAAUGGAAAAGUUAUUUGCUUUUUAAAUGACUUUUCUCCUUUUGCAUUGGCAACGUCGAUGCAAGAUCGUAUGUACUCUAUAGUUACCCAGGCUUCAUUGGACAGGGAGAAUCAGGCUCAAUAUGAUGUGAGAAUAUCGUGCAAAGACUCAGGUGAGCCAGCCUUGUCGUCUGAAAAUACAAUAACAGUUGCAGUUUCAGAUGUGAAUGAUAACAGACCAGAGUUUUCACAGAGCCCCUAUACUUUCUAUGUCACUGAAGCUAAUGAGCCAGGUACCUCUGUAUUUUCGGUUAAAGCUUUUGAUCGUGAUGAAAAUGACAAUGCAGUAAUUUCAUAUCACAUUUUAAGAGAUGGAAGCGAAGAAAAUAAAUUAACUUCAUUCCUAAACAUAAAUACUGAAAAUGGAGAUAUUAUGGCGCUAAAAAGUUUCGACUUUGAAACUCUGAAAACGUUCCAGUUCCAAGUUGUUGCCACAGAUUCUGGAACUCCGUCACUAAGCAGCAACGUCACAGUGAACGUGUUCAUUCUGGAUCAGAACGACAACGCUCCAGUCAUCCUGUAUCCAGUCAGCAAUAACGGUUCUGCUGAAGGUGUGGAGGAAAUUCCCCGCAAUGUGAACGCAGGACACUUGGUGACUAAAGUCAGAGCCUAUGACGCUGAUAUAGGAUAUAACGGCUGGUUACUCUUUUCACUGCAGCAAGUUACUGACCACAGUCUCUUUGGUUUGGACCGCUACACAGGACAGAUCAGAACACUUCGCUCAUUCACAGAGACAGACGAAGCUGAGCAUAAACUGGUCAUACUGGUCAAAGACAAUGGGAACAUUUCACUCUCAGCAACAGCUACUGUGAUUGUCAAACUUGUGGAGCCCAAAGAAGCUUUUGCAGCUUCUGAUGUUAAAAGUGCAGCUAAGGAUAAUGAGGAGAAUAAUGUGACUUUUUACCUGAUGAUAACUUUGGGCUCAGUUUCAACACUUUUUCUCAUCAGUAUCAUUGUGCUGAUUGCAAUGCAAUGUUCAAAAACCACAGACUAUACUUCUAAAUAUCUACAAGACACAAAUUAUGAUGGGACACUGUGUCACAGCAUCCAGUACAGAUCAGGAGACAAACGCUACAUGUUAGUUGGACCCAGAAUGAGUAUAGGAUCUACUAUAGUCCCAGGCAGCCAUGCCAAUACUCUGGUGCUUCCUGACAGGAGGAGAGCAUCUGGAGAGGUAAGACUUUAA